AUGUCAGAGAAAUUGAGUGAUUACGAUAAAUCCUGGAUAUCUCGUGUGCUUGUUGAUCUUUUUAAAUGGCCACUAACACAACAGUUUAGACAACCCGUAGAUCCAGUUCGUGAUGGUGUUGAAAAUUAUUUCGAUAUUAUUAAAAACCCUGUAGAUCUUUCUACAAUGAAAAAGAAACUCAACGAAGGCACUUAUAAAACAAUUCAGCAAUUUACAGACGAUAUUCACUUAAUGUACGAAAAUUCACUUCAAUAUAACGGAAAUAGUUCAUAUUUUACUUAUAUUGCAGCAGAUAUAGAAAAGUGGUAUCUAAACCGUCUAAAGCUUAAAGGAAAUAAUGCAGAAGAAGAAUGGAAAAAUAGAGUUUUCGAAAUUAUCGAAAAAUUAAACGAGCAUAGAAAACUUAAUCCUGCUGAAAGAAUGCCACUAUCGGCAGUUGCUGAUCAUGAAUAA